AUGGCUGCUACAUCAGGAAAUAGCAAGAUCUAUAGUUCAAUGGCAGAACAAUUUAAUCAAUUUUUAUCACCAAGAGUAAUGACAGGUUUUAAUGUAAAGCUACAAUCGAUAUGUUUAUCACUUUCGGUCUUUUAUGGGCUUCCAAAAGCUAAUAAAGGUGAAUAUCCAGUACGUCCUAUAAUAUCUACAUUAGAUAGUUAUCAAUAUCAAUUGUCAAAGUACUUAGGAAAAGGUAUUCGAGAAGUGCGACCGCAAGCUAGCUCUUACAUAAAAGAUACUUCUAAUAUUGAAUUGAAUAAAGAAUUUGUCGAUGUUCAAAAUACUUCCAAAGGAUUAUAUGAAAUUGAUCUAUGUCGAUAUAAAAUUAUUGAAAUGAAAAAAUUAAAUGAUAAAAAAGAAUUCGAAAAAGCAAUUGAUUUAUUUUCUAAAUAUGAAGAAAAAUCAAAUGAGACAUUAUGUGACUUAUCUGUUAAUCAAGUAUUAAAAUCAUUUACUAACAGAAAAGAUUUUCAAGGUGGUUUAAAUAUACAUCAACGAUAUUUAUCUCGUAUCGAGAAAAACUCCUUUAUAUUAGCAUCACUUAUUCAUUUUUACAUGGAAUUUGGAAAUGUAAAUGUUGCUGAAGAAUUAUUUAAGAAAUCAAAAAAUAAAACAGUAGGCAUGUAUGGAGCAAUGAUGAAAGGUUAUAUUAAAAAUUCAUUGCUUAAUAAAGCAAUUGAGAUAUUUUUUAAAAUUGAGAAUCCAGAUGAAAUAAAUUAUGUUCUUCUAUUAAAUGCUUGUUCUCGAAUAGGAACAGAAGAAACAUUAAAUAUAGUUAAAAAAAUCUUAUUAAAUCUUCCAAAUUCUUAUCAAAAUAAUAAAAAUAUCUUGACAACUGCAUUUGAUGCAUUUAUUAAAUGUAAUGAUUUAUCAAAUGCUGAAAAGAUUUUUCCUAAAAUAAAACAAACUGUUAUCAGUUAUGGAAAUUUAAUGAAAUUUUAUAAUAAAAAUAAUCAAGAAGAAAAAACAUUAAAUUUAUAUAAACAAAUGAUAAUUGAUGAUAAUAUUCAAUUAGAUCCAAUUAUUUAUGUUCAUUUAAUAAAUGCAGCUGCUCAUAUUGGAAUUCUUUCAAUAUCAAAUUCAAUAUAUAAACAAAUUCCAAAAUGUUUUCUUCAGAAUAUUUUCAUUAAAAAUGCAUUAAUUGAUAUGUGGGGAAAAUCAGGUGAUAUUAAGAAAGCAAAAGAUAUAUUUCAAUCAUUAACUAAACCAGAUACAAUUGGAUAUACAUCAAUGAUUAAUUCAUAUGGUUUAAAUGGAAUGGCUAUUGAAGCAAUUGAACUUUUCAAUAAAACUCCUGAAGAAUUUAUUUUAGAAGAAACUUGUGUUUCUAUUUUAAAUGCAUGUUCACAUGCAGGACUUGUUGAUCAUGCUCGAUCAAUAUUUAAUAAUAUUAACAAUAAAACAGACAAAAUUUAUACGACAAUGGUUGAUUGUCUUAGUCGUUCAUCUCUUUUUGAAGAAGCACUAAAAUUAAUUGAUCACUAUGAAUCUGAUCAUUCACCUUCACCAACUAUGCUUAUGUCAUUAUUAUCUGCUGCUCGAAAUAGAAAAAAUAAAGAAUUAUCAGAAAAAAUCUUUAAUCGUAUAAAAGGAAAUUUUCCAGAACUUAAAAAUCGUUUAAUAUCAGCUUCAAUUCUCCUUUCUAAUGUUUAUGCAUCAAUCGGUGAAAUAAAAAAAUCAUCAAACAUUAGGAAUAAAUUAUAUCAACAAGGUUUAAGAAAAAUAAGUGGUCUUUCUUUUACUGAAAUCAAUGGUAAAAUAUUUAAAUUUCGUGCUCAUGAUCAAACUCAUCCUCGUUCGAAAGAAAUCUAUGAUGAAGUUCAAAAAAUCUCGAAAGAAUUAAUUGAAUAUGGUCAUCAAUAUGACGCAAGUUGGAUAACAAGAGGAUUGAAUGAAAACGAAACAAUUGAAUCAAAUCUUUGUGGACAUAGUGAAAGACUCGCAAUAGCAUGGAAUUUUAUUGAAAAUCCAAAUAUUAGAAGAAUUCAAAUAACAAAAAAUCUUCGUAUUUGUGGAGAUUGUCGUAUGUAG